AUGAGCCUCUUAUGUCGUCGCCUCUCCUCCUCUAGUAGUAUUCGAUCGAUUGGACAUGUGGUGGUUGGAAGGAGAUGCUUGGGUUACCGAGGGAGGCAGCAGCAGCAGUUUGCUGCUAGCUUCUCUACAACGACAGCCACCGCCGACGACCAGAAGAUUCCCGUCAAGAUAGUGGACCUUCGCACGGCUGGUUGGUCGCUGCUGGAACGAUUGUGCUUGGAAGAGUUUCUACAACAGCAACAGCAUACCAACUGGUUGAUUCUCGGAACUCACGAAGCGACGCAACAUCGACAUUUGAAAAUGACCAAGUCCGCUCCGGACUACAUCCGAAAAUCGAUUUUGGAAACCCACGAUACCAUGGGCGACGGCACGUACAAUUCCGCCUGUGCCGUCAUUCUCGACGACAACAGCAACAACAAAGAUUUGAAUGUGGCCGCCAUGAAACGCCAUGGUAUUUUGUGUCUGCAAGGUCCACCGACGGCUUUCUUGGGGAGUUCCGUGGUGGUGGAUCAUGCAUCGAUACUCACCACCUGGAUUUCUAAUGCCACUAAUGAUACUGCCACGGUGGAAUUCCUGACGGAUCAACUCUGGGCACCCACCUUGCAAAGAUUGGAUUCGCGAUAUCGCACUACACAAUCCUCCUCAGACGACGAUCCCCUAUUGAGUCCCUUGACCAUGGUCAUGGACACCAAAUCUUGUAGCAAGGGCGACAAUAGUGGACGAAUGUUUCGAUUGGAGGAUUUGGGGGUACAGCGAGAAGCAGAGGAGAGUACCUCGACCAUUCCUGCACUCGAGGAAGGACCCUUGUCGUUGGUCUUUCAACCACCCAAUCGGUACUGUUUGGGAAGUGUUCCCGUUGGUUUGGCCAUGGCAGAUCCAAACAACCACACGGUCCGGAGUUUGCUCUAUUGGGACUACCAUGACGAGGAUCAUGAGUCUUAUUACAGUUCGUCGUCGUCAUCAUUUGCCAAACUACAAGACGUGUUUCUCUCUUCUUCUACUAGUACCCCCAAUUUGAUUCUGAAUGAAAUGGUGGCGGCAAUGCAAGAAGAAGAUCAGUCUUUGUUUUCCGUGGACCAAAUCCUCACUCCCCGCGACACGCAGACCUUGAUGGCACAGCAGAAUACCAGUUUGCAGGAUUGGUGGAACAAACACUCGCAGUGGUCUAUUGUACAGCAAUUAGUAUGA